GCUGCUCUCCUCCUGUGCCGUUUAGUGCGUCGAGCGGCGGAGGGAAGUGGAGUUUGCGCGUCUUGUUGUGCGUCCGUGGACCAAACAGCAGCAGCGGUGCGCUUUUCCUCCUCCAGAGCCGCAGGCAUCCCGGGGAGCAGCCACGCCGUGUAUGCCUCGGACACCGGGGAGGAGGAGGAUACUGUCUUUUUUUUAUUUGGAAGAAAAAAUCUUCAUUAGUAUUUUGACUGAUUGAGACAUACAUAUUUUGCAUUUCACUAAUGGUAACCAACACCGAGCAGCAGGAGACAUGUGGAAUAAUCUGGGGAAACUGCACCGCUUCUCUCUAGUGUGUCUCCUCCUGACGCUGUGGGCUGAGGUGUCUCAGUCCACCGGUUACUUCGAGCUGCAGCUGAUCUCGGUGGAUAACCCCAAAGGUCAGCUUCUGAACGGCGACUGCUGCGACGCGGAGAAGAGCGCGGCGGAGGGCCACUGCGGCGCGGACGAGUGCGACACCUACUUCAGAGUGUGUUUAAAGGAAUACCAAACGGAGGUCACGACCAAUGGACCGUGCAUCUACGGCUCGGAAACUACUAAGGUUAUCGGUGGGAAUACUUUUCAGUUCAAGGGGGGGCAGAAAACCGGACAGAACCGGAACAACGACGCCGGGAAGAUCAUCAUCCCCUUCCAGUUCGCAUGGCCGCGAGCAUACACUGUGAUAGUGGAGGCAUGGGACAGGGACAACGGCACACACAGCAAUGAUGACGAGCUGCUGAUCGAGCGCAGCAUCUACAAAGGGAUGAUCAACCCGGGGGAGGAGAAGCAGUCGGUGGAGUACAAAAGCUCGAUCGCCAGCCUGGAGUACACCAUCCGCGUGCGCUGCGACGAACACUACUAUGGCAGCAAGUGCAACAAAGUUUGCCGUCCCCGCGACGACUACUUUGGCCACUACGUGUGUGAUCAGUUUGGAAACCGAGGCUGCAUGGAGGGCUGGACAGGGCCCGACUGCAAAACAGCCAUCUGCAAACAAGGAUGCAGCGUGCUGCAUGGGACGUGCAGGGUGCCAGGGGAAUGCAAGUGUAACUACGGCUGGCAGGGUCCGCUCUGUGACGAGUGUCUGCCGUACCCCGGCUGCGUUCACGGUACCUGUAAUGAGCCGUGGCAGUGCACCUGUGAGAAGAACUGGGGAGGUCUGCUCUGUGACAAAGAUCUGAACUACUGUGGGACCAACCGGCCCUGUAAGAAUGGAGGGACGUGCAUGAACACGGAGCCAGAUGAAUACAACUGCGCCUGUCCAGACGGCUACUCUGGCAAGAACUGUGAGAUCGCGGAGCACGCCUGUGUGUCCAACCCCUGUGCCAACGGAGGGACGUGCCAUGAGGUCCCAUCAGGCUUUGAGUGUCACUGUCCAGCAGGCUGGUCCGGGCCGACCUGUGCUAAAGACACAGAUGAAUGUGCCUCCAGCCCCUGUGCUCAGGGCGGGACCUGCAUCGACAUGGAGAACGGCUUCAAAUGCCUCUGUCCUCCUCAGUGGACGGGAAAGACCUGCCAGAUAGACGUUUUUGAGUGUUCGGGGAUCAAGCCUUGCCUCAAUGCUUACUCUUGCAAAAACUUGAUUGGUGGAUAUCACUGUGCCUGCUUUCGUGGAUGGGUGGGCAAGAACUGUGACAUCAAUGUGAACAGCUGCCACGGACAGUGUCAAAAUGGAGGGACCUGCAAGGAGGUGCCCAGAGGCUACCAGUGUGUUUGCCAGCCGGGAUUCGUGGGCCGACACUGUGAGGUUCAGAGGAACCGCUGUGCCAGCAGUCCGUGUAGGAACGGGGGCCGCUGCCACGCCCUGCUGGACGGAUUCAUGUGUGAAUGCCCUCAGGGCUUCGCUGGUACAACCUGUGAGGUGCAGAAUGACCCGUGCAGCCCAAACCCAUGUCACAACAAGGCUCAGUGCCACAGCCUGAUGGGAGACUUCUACUGCAGCUGCCCAGACGACUACGAGGGAAAAACCUGUUCAGAGCUGAAGGACCACUGCAAGACUAACCAGUGUGAAGUGAUUGACAGUUGCACAGUUGCAGUUGCAACCAAUGACACCCAAAAGCGGGUGUGGCACAUCUCGUCCAAUGUGUGCGGACCCCACGGUCGCUGCAUCAGCCUGCCUGCAGGGAACUUCAGCUGCUCCUGUGAGCCGGGAUUCACUGGCACCUACUGCCACGAGAACAUUAAUGACUGUGCAUCGUCCCCCUGUAAGAACGGAGGCACUUGCAUCGAUGGGAUCAACUCCUUCCAGUGUUUCUGCCCAGACGGCUGGGAGGGCAGUCUGUGUGAUGUUGAUGUGAACGAGUGCAAUAAGAACCCCUGUCAGAACGGAGGCCAGUGUGUUGACCUGCUCAACGACUUCUACUGCAACUGUGUAGACAACUGGAAAGGAAAGACCUGCCACUCACGUGAGAGCCAGUGCGACUCCACUACCUGCAGUAAUGGAGGGACGUGUUACGAUCAUGGAGACUCCUUCCUGUGCAGCUGCCCCUCAGGCUGGGGUGGCAGCACCUGCAACACAGCCAAGAACAGCACAUGUGACUCGGGUCCAUGCGAGAAUGGAGGGACAUGUGUCGGCGGAGGAGACACCUUCACCUGCAUCUGUAAGGACGGCUGGGAAGGAGCCACCUGUGCACAGAAUGUUGAUGACUGCAAUCCACAUCCCUGCUACAAUGGUGGAAUCUGCGUUGACGGCGUGAACUGGUUUCGCUGCGAAUGCGCCCCAGGAUUCGCCGGACCGGACUGCCGCAUCAACAUAGAUGAGUGUCAGUCAUCUCCUUGUGCUGAAGGUUCGACCUGCAUGGAUGAAAUCAACGGCUACCGCUGUGUUUGUCCUCCAGGACACGCUGGACCUCGCUGCCAAGAGUUCAUCGGACUUGGGAAGUCGUGUCGUCAUGCCGGCCUGCAGUUUCCUCAUGGCAGCCGGUGGGAGGAGGAGUGUAACACCUGCCAGUGUGUCAACGGAUAUGUUCACUGUUCUAAGGUGAGGUGUGGUCGUCGGCCAUGUCUCCUCCCGAAGGCUCUUCCUCCUCCGGACACAAACCCUCCGUCCUGCCCCGGAGGUCACGAGUGUGUGGAGCAUCAGUUCCUCACCUGCUUCUCGCCACCCUGCCACCAGUGGGGUGUGUGUUCGACGCCAGACCCCCCCACGCCUCUGCACACCCAGUGUGAGCCCAACAGUGGUUACCUUGACAACAACUGCGCUCGCAUCACACUCAUCUUCAAAAAGGACAAAGUGCCACAGGGCACCACUGUAGAGAACAUCUGCUCGGAGCUGAGGUACCUCCCCGUGACUCAGACGCUGGCCGAGGAGCGAGCGCUGCUCAUCCUCUGCGACCUGUCCUACUCCAACAGUGACGCCGUGGAGGUUGCCAUGUCCUUUGAGCAGGACGGGCGGGCGAAGGACAGUGAUCGUGGACAGAUCCAGAAGGCAGCCAGCGCCAUCAUCAGUGCUCUGUCCAAACGCCACAACAGCACCAUCAUGCUGGCUGUGGUGGAGGUCAAGGUGGAGACACUGAUGAAGCCCACUCCUGCUGGGUACCUGGUCCCGGUGCUGUGCGUCGUCUUCAGCGUCCUGUGGAUCUUCUGCAUCGUUGUUUGCGUUUGGUGGACCCGCAAGAGGAAGAAAGAGCGCGAGAGAGCGGCCCGAUCCCAGGACAGGACGGUCAACAACAAGCUGGAGCCACUGCGGAGCAACGCCCUCAAGGACAACCGCGACAAAGACAUUCAGUACGAAUGCAAGAAACUGAUGGGUCCCUCCGACAGGACGUGUGAUGGGGCCGAGGGCGAGGAGGAAGGGGAGCAGGAGGGGGAGCAGGAGGAGGAUGAGGAGAGGGCACUGGGCAUGGGGGACAAGUGUCCACCUCAGAAGUGCUCCAUAGCAGGGGCACAGGACAGGGGGAUGAUGGGAAAGGGAGGGGUCGUCUGCACGAUGCGCAGCGGCCCAGUGAAGGCACCACACCGGACAGCGUACAGCCCCAAGGACAACCGGUGUAAAAACCUGAACGCCGCCAAGCUCAGCGAGGACAUUAAAGACCAUUAUGUGUGAACACGUCAGAGGAGGAGGGACCUUCCUGAAUCAGAGAGAAAAACUGCGAUGUCUUCAACGUCACUGACUUUUCAACUCUUAAAAGCACCAAAAGUGAAGAUUACAGAUGCUUUAAUUUUUUAUUUUUGUUUGUUACAUCUUAUUUAACUUGGCCGUCUGCAGCACGGAGGCUUAUUUUACCAAAAACCAACAAAAAAAAUAAAAGAAAAACAACCAAAAAAAAAAAACAUCACAGCUUCUGGAUUUCUGGAUUUCAGUUUAAUCGUCACUCUGUUGGAAUCAAGAAGAAUUUUCUUUUCACUGUUCCUGAUCUUUUUUAUUUUUCUGUUUACAGACUGUUUCUGUUUUGCUUCAUGACGACUAAUUCUGUCUUUUGAACCGUGGAGAUUCAACUGGACGACAUUGGCUGGCAGCUGUUAAUGUCGUUUCUACUGUUUGGUGCAUUAGGUUCCUGUCUGCCUUAGCCCAAACCUGCGGGCCUUUUCUACACUGUCUUGAUAUCGUGUCUUUUUUAUUUAAAAAAAUACUAAAAAAAAAAAAAAAGAUUUUCUACACAUUUGAGAUCUUUGGACGCUGGCACAGAGAAUCAGCUGUAUGAUACCUGGCAUGAGAAGUUUUUUGUUUACAUUCAUAACAUCUUUUUCCAUUUUGUGUUAAGGCUUAAAGGUUCUUACAUACAGUAUACCCUUUCAAAAUAAUUGUCACUACUUCCUGCGAGUCUACAUGAUGAUUUUCAGUAUUUGCUUUGGUAGAAAAGUGCCUUCAGCCCUUAUUUUCUCCUCUCUCUCCUCCUAUAGACUUUAUGCAGAUUUUAAAUACAUAUAAAGGGAAAGAUGUCCUAGUAACAACUCUUCAUACCACAGUAAAGGUUAUUUUCUUUGUGAUGUAUAUAUGUAAAUAUGAACAAAUGGCUGUGUAUAUUUGAGUUUAGUAACUUAAGUGAUGCUUUGUAUCAUAGUUAUUCUAAAGAAUAAGAUUGUUUUGUGGUUGUUUUUUUUUUUUAAUGAUGUCAUUCCGUUUAUUAGUGUCUAUUGACACUAUGACAGGUUUUAUACAGAUUUUCGGACUGUGUCCAGGGUCUCACUGAGUCAUGAGCAUUGGUUUAAAAAGAAAACAGAUGACGAUUGUUUGUCUUGAUGUGUUGUGAUUAUUUGUUACAGCUGUUAAGAAGACAAACACCGAGUCUGGAGAGCUGUUUGUUAGGUCUGCCAAUCAUUGUGAGAGGACGUCAGGACAUGAGCCGCAGUGAGUCAGGUCUCAUGCAGCUCAGUUGUCAGUACUACGACUACAGGAAACUUCUUUCCAACAGUCCCAUUCAUUUCAUUAGAGACUGACUGAGUGAAAUUCUAUGUGUUUAAGGGACUUUUGAUCCACGUAGAAACAGAUUCUGAGUGCCACCCACCUGCAAGAUUCACCUUUCUGUAACCGCUGUUUGAAUUUUAGGUAUCUAGGUAGAGUUCAGAUGAUUUUAAAAGCCCUUCUAUGUCCACAAAGUCAGAUCACGUGGGCCAACCCUCCAAAAUACAAUCUAAUGUCACUGAUUUCAACAGGUUCUAAAUUAUGUUUUAGCUCAGUCUGCUGACAGUUACUGUAGAUCUUUUCUGCUUUUGUUGUUUGUCUUACACAUCCCACAGGCUGUAUGUAUGUAUGUAUGUAAAUAUUAAAAACACCCUGUUAGCAUCCUGUUCAAAAGCAGCAGAGUAUCAGUACACAGGCUGGUGUCACUGGGCGACCUGGCAGCAGGGCCUCCAGCUGGGACGAUUGUGGUUUCCUUUUGUGCAAGAUAUUUGUAAAAGGAGGAGGCAGCAAGUCAAAGUCUUCAUCCCAAAAGUCCAGAGAAGUGAGCCAGUAGUUGUAUAUUUUAGCACAUGCCUGAACUGUUCGUGUCCCACUGAUCUCUUCUCAUCAAUCAGUGCUCAUUUUUUCCCUUUUGAAAUUGUGCCACUGGUUCCAGAUCCAUUUUUCUGUCUUCAAUUUUUGCUUAAUAACAUCCCUGAAAAUGACUUCAGCUGUGUCCGACAGCACUCCCUCAUUCACUCCCUCGUACUUUUUAUACAGUCAUAUACUGAUGCUUCUUACAGUUACACCAUCAACAUGUUAGAUCCUAAUGCAAAGCAAGCACAGGUGAAGCAUUGUGGAGCGUUAAGGAGAAAGGUGGUAUACUGUACAUGCUUAGGUGACAACAGAUUUCAUUUCAGGAAUUUUUAUAUGUGGCUGACACACUCAAGCACACACACAAAUGGCGGGAUAUAACUAUGGUGCAUUUUAAUGUUAUUGCACAACAUUGUUUUAUUCCUUUAAUUUCAGUUUAGUUAGAAAGUCCAGUGGGGUAAAAAUGCCAGGUUUGGGCUCCUAAUUAGGGACUCCAAAUGGCACAAAGGACAUUUGCCUUGUGCUGUGGUGCAGGGUCUGAACCAGCACUGAUGCCUCUGAUUGCUAUUUCCAGUACACACUUACGGGUCACAGGGUCCAAGCAACUUAAAAGCACUGCUACCAGUUUCUCCUUAGCCUCCUUGUACUUCAGUUAUAAAUCCAUCAUUUUACAAUCUGUUGACAGCAGAGAUGCCACACAGGGCAGCAGGGUGUUUAGUGAGCAUGAAAACCCUUCUUGUGCUGCAGAGGCACUUUCAUGAUGGCAGUCAGCCACCCUUGCUGAAGUGCCCUUUAGCAAGACACAGAAUCCCCAUUGUAGACAAAGGGUGUGUGGUGUAAAUGGGAAUCUACUUGCAGUGGAUGAGUUUGUAUCCUAUUUUUUUAUCCCUGUUUUAGCCCUGCCUCUCCUUGUGUAUCUAUCCUGGUCUAAUGAAGGGAACAAGUUGUAUUGUUGUUGAUGUUGCUGACUGUUGUGGUUGUUGUCCAGUGUUUGUAAAGAGUCUGUUUCUGCACUAAGAACACACAGGAAGAGAGAAACGUUUAGCAUUACCUCCACAGCAGUAGUGAAAAAAUAAAUCAAAUAUUGUCACUAUCUGUGGAUGAACAUUAUGUUUUCAAUAUUUUAUGUUUUUGUUAAUGAUGCUGAUGCAAAUCAUGGAAAAUCCAAAUUCAUAUUCUGUCAGUAAAUUUUACAUUGUGUUAGCCUCAGAGACUGGGGCUGAAUGUGCAGAACAUUGUAAUUAUUUUGUACAAAAUUUGGUAAAAGUCUUGGUUUGUUAGUGGAAUUUUUUUGUUUGUUCUUAGAACAAUCCUAUUAUUUAUUAAAGUAUUUUAUACCAAA